CGCCAUGGAAAAAAGCAACGAGACCAACGGCUACCUAGACGGUGCCCAGGCGGGCCCCGGUGCGCCUGGGGAGGCUGCGGGACGCACGCGGGGCUUCGUGGGCUUUCUGCGGCGCCAAGCGCUCGUGCUUCUCACCGUGUCUGGGGUGUUGGCGGGCGCGGGACUGGGCAUGGCGCUGCGCGGGCUCCAACUCAGCCGAACGCAGAUCUCCUACCUGGCCUUCCCCGGCGAAAUGCUGCUCCGCAUGUUGCGCAUGAUCAUCCUGCCUCUGGUGGUCUGCAGCCUGGUGUCGGGCGCCGCCUCCCUGGACGCCAGCUCCCUCGGGCGUCUGGGAGGCAUCGCGGUCGCCUACUUUGGCCUCACUACCCUGGGCGCCUCGGCGCUCGCUGUCGUUUUGGCGUUUAUCAUCAAGCCGGGGUCCGGCGCGCAGACUCUUCAGGCCAGCAACCUGGGACUGGAUACGUCCGGGCCUCCUCCUAUCCCCAAAGAGACCGUGGACUCUUUCCUUGACCUCGUCAGAAACCUGUUCCCCUCAAAUCUAGUGGUUGCAGCUUUCCGAACGUAUGCAACCAAUUACACAGUGGUAAUCCACAACACAAGCUCUGGAAGUGGAAGCAUUGAAAAGAUCCCCAUUGAAGCUGAGAUCGAAGGGAUGAACAUCUUGGGAUUGGUCCUUUUUGCCCUGGUGUUAGGAGUGGCCCUGAAGAAACUGGGCUCUGAAGGAGAAGAGCUCAUCCGCUUCUUCAAUGCCUUCAAUGAGGCAACGAUGGUGCUGGUGUCCUGGAUUAUGUGGUAUGUGCCUGUGGGCAUCAUGUUCCUGGUUGGAAGCAAGAUUGUAGAAAUGAAGGACAUUGUCGUGCUGGUGACCAGCUUGGGCAAAUAUAUCUUUGCAUCCAUACUAGGACACUUAAUUCAUGGAAUCAUUGUUCUGCCACUUAUUUAUUUUGUUUUUACACGAAAAAACCCAUAUCACUUUCUGCUGGGCCUCCUCACACCAUUUGCCACAGCGUUUGCCACCUGUUCCAGCUCAGCAACCCUUCCUUCUAUGAUGAAGUGCAUUGAAGAAAACAAUGGCGUCGACAAGAGGAUCAGCAGGUUCAUCCUCCCCAUUGGGGCCACUGUGAACAUGGACGGUGCGGCCAUCUUCCAAUGCGUAGCUGCAGUCUUCAUCGCCCAGCUCAAUAACGUCCAACUGAACGCAGGGCAGAUCUUCACCAUCCUAGUGACGGCCACAGCAUCCAGUGUUGGGGCGGCAGGCGUGCCAGCUGGAGGGGUCCUCACCAUUGCCAUUAUCCUGGAGGCCAUUGGGCUGCCCACUAAUGAUCUCUCUCUCAUCCUGGCCGUGGACUGGAUUGUGGACCGUACCACCACCGUGGUGAAUGUGGAAGGGGAUGCCCUGGGUGCAGGUAUUCUCCAUCACCUGAAUCAGAAGGCCUUGAAGAAAGGAGAGCAGGAGCUAAUGGAGGUGAAAGUAGAAGCCAUCCCCAACAGCAAGUCUGAGGAAGAGACAUCCCCUCUGGUGACACAGAAGAAUCCCAUUGUUCCCGUGUCCAGUUCCUCAGAACUGGAAUCUAAGGAGUCAGUUCUGUGAUGAGGGAUGGGUACGGGCUUGCCAGC